AUGGGUUUUCUCUUCGGACUUGACACCGUGGAACGGCGCAGCUUCUCUGUAUCACCUUCUCUAGUCAACUCAUGGGCGACACCACGUCCAUGUAUGCGCUUUCAUCACCAUUGAUCCUGCGAAACAAUAGAAACGAUGCUGAAAGUUGAUAGGGCCAAAUGGGCAAAUUCCGUACUGUUACUCGGACCUUGAAUCCAAAAAUCAGAUCGACAAAAUAAUGGAAGCUUCCAUACAGCGCUGGGAAAGUUCUCCUGGUCCGUUGGCGGCACUUUGAGAAAGCAAAGAGGACUCAGACUGAUGUUUCUUAUCCAGGAGGACUUGACGGCGUGUCGUUCAUCCCUUUCGCAAGCGAUACGGGAACGAUAUGUCCAUCCGAAUUCUUAUCGACGGUGGUCAUCAAACAUGUACCAGACAUAGCUUGGUCAACGAUUGGGUACCGUGGUCCCAAUCAGCCUCACUCUCUGCUUUUUGACCCCUUAGCAGACUGGGACGGUAAUACUAUUGGAGCUCUGGCGCACGAACUUGGCCAUGUCAUGGGCUUGCUCCAUGAGCAUGAGAGUAAGCGGGCCCUAUCUAGGUGAAGUGAACGACUUCACUGACUUGGCGCCAGGACCGGACGCACCCUCCUAUGUCAAACUCCUCUGCUCCAAUCUUUUCGACUACGCAUCAUUCUCUCAGACCCACUCACCUGAACAGACUGAGCAAGUCUGUACCAACAAGAAAUACGCUACUGAACAAAGCUUCAGCGCAGCCACUUUUCUCCCGUACACGAAUAAUCUAGGGGGUGCCUUCGUAGUACAAGGACCCUUCGACAUGGAUUCGAUCAUGAUAUACAAUUCCAAGACCGCUCGAGCAGCUCCGGGUUUAAGCACCCUCGUGAAAUUGGAUGGAGACUCGAUCGAGAGGAAUGGAUUCCCUACUGCAGGUGAUGCGUUGAGGGUGAGGAGACUCUAUGCGGACACAAAGGCUGCCACAUGA